AUGGUCCCAUAUGAAAAUGUUAAGAUUGUUUUUAGAGCUUUAACAGUCUUGCUCUGGUUAGGGACUUGCAUGGCAGAAACAUUAUCUGCUAACUUUGUUUUUGGCGAUUCUUUGGUGGAAGUAGGCAACAAUAACUACAUUGUAUCACUAUCAAAGGCAAAUUACAUACCAAAUGGGAUCGAUUUUGGGAUGCCCACAGGAAGAUAUACAAAUGGAAGAACAAUAGUAGACAUUCUAGGAGAGGAAUUGGGUUUGAAGGAUUACACUCCGCCAUAUCUGGCUCCAAGGACAUCUGGCCCACUACUUUUGAGGGGUGUCAAUUAUGCAUCUGGUGGUGGUGGAAUUGUGAAUGAAACGGGAAAGAUCUUUGGUGGAAGGAUCAAUAUGGAUGCACAACUAGACAACUUUGCAAAUACGAAGCAGGAUAUAAUAUCCAGAAUUGGUGCUACUGCAACUCAAGAGUUGUUGAGUGGAGCUCUUUUUUCAGUAACAAUUGGUUCAAAUGAUUUUAUAAAUAAUUAUCUCACACCCGUUGUUUCAACAAUUGAGCGAAAACUGGUGUCUCCAGAAGCAUUUGUGGGAACCUUAAUUUCAAGAUUCAGACUACAACUUAUGAGAUUAUAUGAUUUGGGUGCUAGAAAGAUUGUGAUCCCUAAUGUGGGCCCCAUCGGAUGCAUUCCAUAUCAACGGGACGUAAAUCCUUCUGAAGGAAAUGACUGUGUGGCUUUGGCAAAUCAUUUAGCUCAACUUUAUAAUCGGCAAUUGAAAAGCUUACUUGAAGAACUUAAUAUUAAACUCAAAGGUUCAACAUUCCUAUUUGCAGAUGUGUACAAUAUUGUUGCAGAUAUCAUUCAGAAUUUCGAAUCAUAUGGCGGUGUCUCUCUUGUUGAGGUUGGGGUCAGAGCUCUUGUCGAGGCAGGGGUCAGAGGAUUAGGUGUGGCUAGCAGAAAAGUCAUCUCCCGACGUCGGUCUGCUGCUGUGGAUUACGCCUUUGAGGAAGAUGUCGUGGAUUUACGUCGGUCGGGGGAGCUAGGUGUUAUGGACACUUACUCCGUCCACCCCUCUGUUCCAGAAGAUUCCCUGUUGGCAGUCCAAAAUUUGGUAUCGGAGAAAGAAGCAUCGGCAAAGCGUUUUACACUACAAUACGAUCAGUUCACCAUUGAAGUCUCGAGGAGAAAAAUCUUGGAGGAUGAUUUAGUGUGGGUUAUCCAAAAGGGAGUAGUCAGUGUGGUGGACCGUGUUUUUGAGAGUAGUGAGUUUGCGCUUGGGAUUCAUCGUGUGAAGGCCACGUUGGCUUUUAUUGAGAUGGAUUUCGCAUCCUAUCUCCAUUUGGGUGAGCUUGACCUUGCUGAUCUUCACCAAUUAUGCUCUGAAGAAGAGGAUCAUGUGCCAAAUGGUGGCGUUGGGGCGUUGUCUCGACUCAACCUCACUAGGGUUAAUUUUCGUUGUGUCAUUAACCUUGUUGGUUAUCAGCAGCGAAUCACUGAAAGCCCAGAGUUGUUUCGUGCCGACUUCUUAUGCCAAUCGGAGGCCUGCAAGAAGUGCUUCAUACUCUGCAUCGUUGUUCGAAACUUGAAAGUUGAAUCUCAAGGCAUAUGUUAUUUCAUCUCCCUUGGGGUUUUUGAGUAUUGGUCCUGCGUCUGA